UCUGAACAAACCUGUCUGACGUGUCUCCUAUCUAUCUGUUUAAUAGAAUUCACUUGGGGAGAAAUCACCGAAAAGUAACACGCGGCAAGCGAUGGGAUCAUGGACGGCCAUUUCCUGCAGCUGCUGCCAAAUGGAUUCAAUCCUGACUCUUGCUGUGAUCCAACUCAGACCAGACAUCAAACCUGAGGCCAAGCAGUGGCUGACGGCGCUACUGGAGGCCCCCGCAACAAUCGGAGGGCCACACAUUUUAGUUCAUCCUGGUGAAGAUGAUGAGGGUCACAUUCUCCUUCUUUCGGCUACUGAAUGUCUUCUUCUACAAGCCACAGAGCACCUUGGCUAUGCUAAGAUGGAUUGCCAUGGGUUCAUGCGCUCAUUUUGUUAUUCUUCUAGAGCCAACUUUUUACAUUCAGAUAAAAGAGAACUUUUUCUGUCAUUAUCGGAGCAGCAGUUCCUGUUGAAAUAUGUUGUGGAAAAUCUCAAAGUACAAGAAGAGACUUCUAUCCCUGGAUAUCCCGACUGCAUCCUUUACCCAGGACAACACGUUGUUCAUCUUCUGCAAAAGCUGAACAUUGUUGUCAAAUUCUACCCCCUUCAUGAUAAACCGAGACUGGACAGCUUAAAAUCGAGAUGGUAUGCACAGUUGAACCUCGCACCCCAACCUAUAGAUGCUAUCUGCUCUUAUUUUGGGCAGUCUGUAGCUUUUUAUUUUGAUUUCCUUGGAUAUUUCACAGUUUCACUCAUGUCGAUGAUGCUUCUUAGUUAUUUUUGUGCCUUUUUCCAGGAUUCAUUAGAUAAAUAUGUCGUUUUUGCUCUUUUUAACAUCCUUUGGUCUACAAUAACUAUGGAAUUUUGGAAACGUCACAGUUGUGUUCAAGCUUAUUUUUGGGGAACCCUGCAGUGGAAAAGCUAUUUAAAACCCUGUCGGGUUCAGUUCUGGGGAACUUUGACUAAAAACGCAAUUACUGGGAAAUGGGAGCUCUACUAUCCUCCGUGGAAGCGGGUGCUGAGAGUCCUUUUUGUGACUUUACCUAUAGUUUGCCUGUUUUUGGGGCUGACGGUUGAUGGAAUGUUAAUGUUUCUCUAUUGGGAGAAAUGGGCUCAGGACCAGUACCAUAAAAGCAAUCAGUUUUUUGCCACAAUCAUGUUAUACCUGCCCAGUGUUAUUCACACAUUUUUCAUGGAGAUUUUAAAUGCUCUCUAUAGGAAAACUGCUGCAGCGUUAACAGAAUGGGAGAAUCACAAACACGAGUCUACAUUUCAGAAUUACCUGACCGUCAAAGUACUUCUGUUUCGUUUUCUAAACUGUUUUGGCCUCUUAUUCUACAUUACCUUCUACUUGCAAGAUGUUCAUUUACUGAAAAAGCGCUUGUCUUCAUUAUUGAUUGUAUCCCAAACAAUUAAUCAGGUCAAUGAAUUCCUGCUACCGUAUCUUCAACAAAAACUAAAAGUAGGCUUCAAGUCACAGGUUGGCACUAACCCAUUCAUUGAUGAAGUGGUUUCAGAUGGAGAUUUGCCCUCCUUUUCAGGAUUAUUUGAUGAUUAUAUGGAGCUCUUUGUCCAGUUUGGGUAUGUCAGUCUUUUUUCGUGUGUAUACCCCUUCACAGCUGCUCUUCUGAUUUUAAACAACAUUACAGAGAUCCGUACAGAUGCUUUUAAACUGUGCCAGGUUUUCCAGAAACCAUUUCCUGAAGCUGCGGACAGUAUAGGCAUCUGGCAGGUUGCCUUUGAAAUGCUUGGAUAUUUCUCGGUUAUCACCAACUGCUUCUUAAUUUCCAUCUCUCCAGAAGUCCAGGCUUUUUGCCAAGAAUAUGAGGUGGGACCAGAAUCGUUCUUGCUUUACAUGCUUGGAGCAGAGGUCAGCACAAUGAAUUCCAAGCGUUUCCAGAAGUAUGACAAAAUCCCUUCGAGAAGUUGCAUCAAUUGUGUGAAGUGUUCCAGUUAAUAAAAAAAUAUUUUAUUCAAGCUAAUUGUGGAUGUUUACAAAAAGGAGAGUGCGAGUUAUGAUGGUGAAUCGUUCUCUUUGGAGCCUGAUAUUUAAUUGUUGAAGGCCGAAUGUUCUGUAACCAUUUUUUUAUUUUAUUUUUAUGUUCUGUCUCAAUAUAUUUAUCACAAAACUUAUUUUCUCUUUCUGCUGCUAUGAAAAGAGUAGAGAAAGUGUAAAUCAGAAUAUCGGCAUCCUCUUUUAAUAAACAUUGCCUUUUUGUCACUUGUUUAACAAAAAUUUCCUUGUGAUUUAUUUCAAUUUUAUGUUUAUUCAGUUUUACAUCCAUUGUUUAGGUUGUGAACUUGUAACAUAU